AUGCUCCCUUUAGUGGUCGAUGAUCGUUACCGUACUGGAUACGAUGACCAAGACCGCGUUCUUUGGUGGUCUAUGUGGUUAUCUACGGCAGACAGACGGGUUGACAAACGCCCCCGGAAUGUUGACACCGGAGCGGAAAUUAAUUUUAUUCACCCUGAUGUUGCCUCUGCUUUUAAUAUUGAGUUGGCCAAUUUUGCUGGUGUCUUUGAGAAGCCACUUUCGUUUGACGCAACUGUUUUGAAAGGUGACUAUGAACAGUCCAUUAUUACUAAUAAUCUUAGUUUCCCUUGUAGAAUGGGUUGUGUCUACCCUAUGGCCCUACUAAUGCUCAAAAUCUUCACAAAGGAAUUGAUGACUACUUUGGCAACAUUUACUUAG